ACUUUGGGAGGCCAAGGCGGGCGGAUUACCUGAGAGCAGGAGUUCAAGACCAGCCUGGCCAAUAUGGAGAAACCAUGCCUCUACUAAAAAUACAAAAUUAGCUGGGCGUGGUGGAACAUGCCUAUAAUUCCAGCUACCUGGGAGGCUGAGGCAGGAGAAUUUGCUUGAACCCAGGAGGUGGAGGUUGCAGUGAGCUGAUAUCAGGCCACUGCACUCCAGCCUGGGAGACAGAGCAAGACUCCAACUUAAAAAAAAAGAAGAGACAGGGUCUCACUCUGUGACCCAUGCUGCAGUGGUGUGAUCACAGCUUACUGCAGCCUUGACCUUCCCAGCUGAAGUGAUCCUCCCACCUUAGCCUCUCAAGUAGCUGGGACCACAGGCAUGGGUCACCAUGCUUGGCUAAGUUGUUUGUUUGUUUGUUUGUUUUUGUAAUGAUGGUGUUACGCCAUGUUGCCCAGGCUGGUCUUGAACUCCUGGCUUCAAGUGAUCUGUCCACCUCCACCUUUCAAAGUGUUGGGAUUACAGGCAUGAACUACCGUGCCCAGCCAGGAGCCAUUUUUAAAAUUGUAUAUUUUAAAGCUUUGUCUUAAAUUUUUCAAACACACCACAAAGUAGAAAAGAGUUUAAUGAAUCCCAUGUACCCAUCACUCAGCAGUCAUCAAUAGUCUGCCACACUACCCUUCUUCCUUCAUCUAUUCUGCCCUAGCUUUUUGUGGGGGAUAGUCUGGAGUAUAUUUUUUAAAAUCCUGACAUCAUUGCACCUGUACAUUUGUCAGUAUUCGUCUGUAUCAGAUAAGAAUUUUUAAAAAUAGUCACCAUACCAUUAUUCAUAUUCAACAAAUUAACAGUAAUGUCUUUUGUUUUGUUUUGUGUUUUUGUUUUGAGACGGAGUUUUGCUCUUGUUGCCCAGGCUGGAGUGCAAUGGCACAAUCUCGGCUCACCGCAACCUCCGCCUACCAGGUUCAAGCGAUUCUCCUGCCUCGGCCUCCUGAGUAGCUGGGAUUACAGGCAUGCGCCACCACGCCAGGCUAAUUUUGUAUUUUUAGUAGAGACGGGGUUUCUCCAUGUUGGUCAGGCUGGUCUAGAACUCCCGACCUCAGGUGAUCCGCCUGCGUCAGCCUCCCAAAGUGCUGGGAUUACAGGCAUGAGCCACCGCACCCGGCCAAUUAACGGUACAGCCCACGCUUGAUGGAAAAAAUUCUCCAAAUGGCUGAAGGUAUUGAUAUUGGGGAGAUGCCUUCAUAUGAUCUGAUGCUGCCCAAGUCUUCCAAAGGUCAAAAACGCCACCUCUCAACAUGUGAUGGUCAAAAUCCUCCUAAAAAGCAAGCCGGUUCCAAAUUCCAUGCGAGACCUCGUUUUGAGCCUGUACAUUUUGUAGCUAGUAGUUCAAAAGAUGAAAGACAGGAAGAUCCUUAUGGCCCUCAAACAAAAGAGAUAAAUGAACAAACACAUUUUGCCAGCAUGCCAAGAGACGUCUACCAAGAUUAUACUCAAGACUCUUUCAGUAUACAAGAUGGGAAUUCUCAGUAUUGUGAUUCAUCAGGAUUCAUUUUCACAAAAGACCAGCCUGUAACAGCCAACAUGUAUUUUGACAGUGGGAACCCCGCCCCAAGCAGCACAUCACAGCAGGCAAAUUCUCAGUCAACUCCUGAGCCUUCACCAUCACAGACAUUUCCUGAGUCCGUGGUAGCCGAGAAGCAGUAUUUUAUUGAAAAAUUAACAGCGACUAUCUGGAAGAAUCUUUCUAAUCCAGAAAUGACUUCUGGAUCUGAUAAAAUUAAUUACACAUACAUGUUAACUCGUUGUAUUCAGGCAUGUAAGACAAAUCCUGAGUAUAUAUAUGCUCCUUUAAAGGAAAUUCCUCCUGCCGACAUCCCCAAAAAUAAAAAACUUCUAACUGAUGGCUAUGCUUGUGAAGUUAGAUGCCAAAAUAUCUACUUAACUACAGGUUAUGCUGGCAGCAAGAAUGGGUCCAGGGAUCGAGCUACUGAGCUAGCUGUAAAACUCUUGCAGAAACGUAUUGAAGUUAGAGUUGUCCGGCGGAAAUUCAAGCAUACGUUUGGAGAGGACCUUGUGGUGUGUCAGAUUGGCGUGCCCUCCUAUGAAUUUCCUCCAGCUUUGAAACCACCAGAGGACCUGGUGGUGCUGGGUAAAGAUGCUUCCGGGCAGCCAAUUUUUAAUGCUUCCGCCAAACACUGGACCAAUUUUGUCAUUACAGAAAAUGCAAAUGAUGCAAUUGGUAUCCUUAACAAUUCUGCCUCAUUCAACAAGAUGUCAGUUGAAUACAAAUAUGAGAUGAUGCCAAAUCGCACAUGGCGUUGUCGAGUGUUUUUACAAGAUCACUGCUUAGCUGAAGGUUAUGGAACCAAGAAAACAAGUAAACAUGCAGCUGCCGAUGAGGCUUUGAAAAUUCUUCAAAAAACACAGCCCACUUACCCAUCUGUCAAAAGUUCACAGUGCCAUACAGGCUCUUCACCCAGAGGAUCUGGAAAGAAGAAAGAUAUAAAGGAUCUUGUGGUUUACGAGAAUUCUUCCAAUCCCGUAUGCACGCUGAACGACACAGCUCAGUUUAACCGAAUGACAGUUGAGUAUGUCUAUGAAAGGAUGACAGGCCUCCGCUGGAAAUGCAAAGUGAUUCUAGAGAGCGAAGUAAUUGCAGAAGCAGUUGGGGUGAAGAAAACUGUCAAAUAUGAAGCUGCCGGGGAAGCUGUGAAAACCCUCAAAAAGACCCAGCCAACUGUUAUUAACAACUUGAAGAAAGGAACUGUUGAAGAUGUGAUUUCAAGAAAUGAAAUUCAGGGCCGCUCAGCAGAGGAGGCUUAUAAACAGCAAAUCAGAGAAGAUAACAUCGGAAAUCAGCUGCUGAGAAAGAUGGGUUGGACGGGUGGUGGUUUAGGUAAAUCUGGUGAGGGCAUACGGGAGCCUAUCUCAGUCAAAGAGCAGCAUAAGCGGGAGGGGCUUGGUCUGGAUGUAGAGAGGGUGAAUAAAAUUGCCAAGAGAGAUAUUGAACAGAUCAUCAGAAACUAUGCCCGCUCUGAGAGCCACACAGAUUUGACUUUUUCUAGAGAGCUGACUAAUGACGAACGGAAGCAAAUACAUCAGAUUGCUCAGAAGUAUGGUCUUAAGAGUAAGUCUCAUGGGGUGGGCCAUGAUAGGUACCUGGUGGUAGGUAGAAAAAGACGGAAGGAAGAUCUACUAGAUCAGCUCAAACAGGAAGGCCAAGUGGGCCAUUACGAGCUUGUUAUGCCUCAGGCCAAUUGAGAUCUUCCAAUGCCUCAAGCAAAGUGAGAUCUUCCUAAUUUAUUUUGUAAAUGCCUAAUGAGGCAGAUUUUUGGAAUUUAAAAAAUGCUACAUGUCCUGGUUGCAGAGUAUAUUCAUCUUAAGAUGUCUCACCUUGUUCAUUUCAUAUAGUGGUUUAUGAAAUAUUGGAACCUAAAGAAUUCUGUCCACUUGUAUUAGCUUAAGCCAGCAGAUAUUGUGCAGUUACUGUUUGUGUCUUUGAUAUUGCUGUGUCCCUCAGAUUUUAGCAGUUUGAAAAGCAAGAACACAUAUCCAAAUAAAAUUUUACCCCGAGAAAGAAAUUGUCAUUUGAAAGGGCAUAGCACAGCAAUCUGCAACAAUAUGUAAAGUUGAUAUUGACUACAAUAUCUUAAUUCCAGAUUUACUGAAAAUGUCAGAUCAUUUUGUAUUAAUCUAUUUUCAUCUUUGUGUGAAGCCAGUUAUAGAAUGUUUAACAAUAAAUUGUGCUGUACAUGUAAAUGUCCUUACCAACUAAAUGAUGUAAAACUUUCUUAAUUUUAGUGUUCAUUUAUUUAUAAAUUCUACCAUGUGAUUUCCAGAAUAUUGGAAGUGAUUUACUGUAUCUUGUGAUAUAUGGGUUUUAACAAAAUCUAGUCUUCACGCUGAGAGAGCACUACUUGAGAGAGCAGUUGAAAGUUUCAAAAACUUUGGUUCAAUCUGAAGAAAGGAAGCUUGAACUGUUUGUUCUUGGUGCCUUGCAGAGAGACUCACAGCAACUCUCCAUUAUAGCUUUCACAGGGUUUGGAUGUGCAGGACAUCCAAGGCAGCCACAGCUGUGGUAGAGCUUGGUAAAAGACUGAAGACACAUUGGUGCUUUGAUGCAAAGGUCAGUUGGCUGGUCCCUCUCUCAAAAAGCUUAUUAAGCCUGAAAAGCCAACUUUGUAACAUAUUUAAAACUGCUAUUUUCGCUUAUUUCUGGAAUGUAAAAAAAUGUAUAAAAAGAAUUAGUGUAUACUUCCUGAAUAAAAAGGAGCCAAAGUUGAUGAGAA